AUGGCGGACGAGCGAGAAGUGUCCCCACGGGAGUGGGACCUCGGCGAGAUCCUGGCCCCGGUGGCCAAGGGAACAACGAGGGUUCCGUUUGCUCUGGUCCUGCUAAACACGCCAAUUCCUCGGGACCACUGGCGCGCAUUCCUUCGGCUAUGGCGGCACGCAAGCUUCCGCGUGUGCGCUGAUGGUGGCGCGAACCGCCUGCUGGACUCGGUCGGGACAGGGGCGUGGUCGGGAUCGUCGGAUCUGCCGCUGCCCAACCAGAUCUGCGGCGAUCUGGACUCGCUGCGCGAAGAUGUCCGCGAUUUCUUCGCACAACGGGGCGUGCCAGUCGUGCACAAGCCGUCGCAGUAUGCAACCGACCUCCAAAAGUCUGUCCAAACCGUGGAGGACGAAGAAGCGAAGCAUGAUGCACCCGCGUACCCACUCGUUAUUUUUGGCGGCAUGAGCGGGCGCUUGGACCAGACGAUGCAUACCCUGCACGUGUUGUGGCAGCUCGCACCGGGCGCCAAGGUCGAGACAAUGAUUAUGGAGCCGGGUGAGGAGGGGAAGCCGCAGCCCCGUGGGUCGACCCUGCACAAGCGCGCGCGCACGAUUGUCGUCUCGGAUGAGAGCAUAACGUGCAUCAUCCCGCCGGGCGAGACGUACAUGUACGUUGACCGCAACGUGCUCGGCAAGACGUGCGGUGUGCUUCCGCUCGGUUCGGGCCCGAGUGGAGCUCAUAUCUAUACAAAGGGGCUCGAGUGGAACCUAAACGGCGAAGCAUCGUCGAUCGCCGGCUUUUUCUCUACGAGCAACCAAUUAGCCUCGACGACCGAGGGCGACAGCGCCAAGAUCUGGAUCAAGACAGAUGCGCCGAUCUACUGGACAGUCGAACUAAAGAAGGACCAGUACUGCUAA